UGCAUGACCAUACCUACAUAACUCAGUAGUGUUAAUGUGCAAUGCUUAUGAACAAAUGCACUUUACAAGUCUAUUGAUUUUAUGCUCUGUCUUUUGUGCUACCAAAACAAUUGCUAUAAUUACUACAAUAAGUACAAACUGCUUUACAUGUUUUGCAUCAAUUCAUUGUCUUUAAUAUAAUAUGGACCAUAGACCACAUUAAAUUGUGUACAAUGCCCAUACUUUAGCAUGUAUAAAUAAAAGGUCAAUCUGAGCGGAUACACCUGAAAUAUGCAUGGGCAAUAUUUCUUGGAAAUGUUUAUAUAAGCAUGCAUAUACUGGUAGUAUAAUAGGUAUAAUAGCUAGAUCCCAGCAGUAACCUUUGUACAGUAUUAUCUCAAUCUUUGUGAAGUAAACUUGAGCUCUAUAGCAAUGGCUAAAACGAUUGCUAAAAAAUUGUUUGAUUCUGUCUUUGUUGACAUGCCAAGAGAUAUUUUUGGUAUAAAUACUCCAGAAUCACUUGAGUCACUACUUUUAACCCUCUGGAAUAAAGAAAACCAAUCAGAAUUGAGGAUACUGGUCACUGGGAAGACUGGUCAAGGGAAAUCUACCCUCAUCAAUGGCAUCUUGGGAUGUGAAGUUGCCAAGGAAGGGGCCCAAGCGACAAGAUGUACCACUGAAGUUGAAGUGCAUUCUAAAGUCAUCAAAAACAUCUCAAUCAAAGUGUUUGAUUCCCCUGGUUUACAAGAUGGCACAUCAAAUAAUGAAGCCUACAUUGAGAAAAUGAGAAAUACGUGCCAAGAGCUUAGUCUGAUUGUUUACUGCACCAAAAUGACCAACACACGUCUAACAGAUGACGAUAAGAAUGCUAUGAGAGUGCUAACGGAAGCGUUUGGUGAGGGUUUUUGGAAUUACACCGUGUUUGUCCUCACGUUUGCUAACAGAGAAGACGUUUCAAGACGAGAUGAUAGAGAUGAUUCAGAAUCAGACACAGAGAAUGCUUUGGAUGAAGAGUGGACAGAAGUUGAGAAAAAAAGAUUCCAAGGUCGUCUUAAAAUAUGGAAAGAGGGCCUUCAGAGCUUUCUUAUUAGUGAAGUUGGAGUAAAUCCUAACAUUGCAACCAAAGUUCCUGUUGUACCAACUGGAGAUUACAAAAAAACAAAGAGAUGUUUGCAACCACUUCACCUUCCUGAUCGGGACAACUGGUUCAACUGUUUUUGGGAAGCUUGCUGCCUACGAGUGAAAGAUACACAUCUCUUUCUUAAAAUAAACAGUGAUCGUAUGGUCGCUGCAAAUAAAGCUGACGAUAAAGCAAAUAAUGGAGAUUUGGAACAAGAGAAGCAAGGUGACUUUAGUCAUCAAGGUGAUGCACAAGGAGAAUCACAAUGUGAUCAAGAACAAAGAGAAAAAGAAAAAGGAGAGGUUUUAAAAGGACAAGGCAUAAAAGUAGAAGCACAAGCUGUCAGAGAGAAUGAUACAAAACCAAAUUUUAUUCGUGCAGCAUUGAAAUAUGAUGAUGAUGAUGAUACUGAUAUUCCCAUACCACAAGAAGAAGAUAAUAGUGAUACAGAUGAAGAUUGUGAGAAGCAUGAAGACAGCACUAUAGAGGUGGAUCAGAUACCAUCAUUAGAUGUACCAGAAAAAACAGACCAUAAUAUCCCAGAAUUGAAGAUAGCAUCUGCAGAAGAUGAAACAAAAGAAAAAGAGAAAACACAAAAAAAAAGAGAAAACAGAGAAACCAGAAAAAUUAGAAAAAGCAGAGAAACUACAAGGUGCACAAAGUUUUAA